AUGGAUGUCUGGGCGGCUGCUGUUGUGGAAGUUCUAAGCACAACUUGCGUGGCUGUCCGCUACCAGGGAGUAAACGUCUGCGGGAACUCGCUGACGAAAACCGACGACUGCGCAAGGAAGAACCAGCACCGCAAGCAAGCUUCUCUUGCUUACUGUGGGAAGCAAGCUCAACAGCUGCGGAAGCAGAAGGACAGGGAACGUCGACUCAAGACCUCUCCAAUGCCUAGCAACCCCGCAUUGGAGAUCGCUGCUGUGGAAGAGCUGCAAAAGCUCGGCUUCCUCAACAGUUGCCCUCGUCGAUGCCCUCAUUGUCGUGGCACCUUGGGUCAGUGGUCUGUUAGAAAUGGCGCAGAGGUGUAUGUCCGCUGCGUUGACAAUGAUUGCCGCAGACUUGUCAACUUGCUCACUUUGCAGUCCUGGUUGCCAACCUGUGUUCGACUGGGCAGAAAGACCACUCCCUCCAAGCUCUUGAUGCUCAUCCGAAGCUGGGUGGCCACUGGCUUGGGCCGUGCUCCGUCCGCCUACAACUUGGCACGCGCAGCGGGGAUGAGCUUCAAGCCUGUCAAGGCGAUUCUGCAGUGUCUCCAGGAACUGGAAAGUGAAGCAGGCCGUCGCCUCAACGACUCCCUCACUUUGCGUGGAACGGUCGAGGUCGACGCAACCUCUCUCAGAUGCGUGCGUGUCUACAAGUCAACAAAGAGGUUUGGGACACCUGUGCGGACGUGGCUUGCCAAGCAUCCGCACACCCCAGUGCCAAUGUACUGGCUGCUCCACUUGGGCGCGGUCCAGAGAAGCGACAGUCGCAAGCUCGUUGUUCGUCUCCUGGAACACAAAGUCGUCCCAGCUGCUGCGAAGCCUCCUCCGGAGGCGACGGCUGAGAUUCUGCAGUCGAAGCUUCUGGACAGUGUGCAGAAGAAUGCUACUCUCAUGGCAGACGGAGCACGGUCCUGGACGGCUGCUGCUAGAAUCAGCGGACACCGUGGCGACACGAAACAUGUCUCUCACUCCAAAGCUGAGUUCACGAAGGCUUCUCAGUCUUCGAAAACUUUAGGAACUCAACUUCUCGACCGGACGUGGGGCAACAUCAAAUGUUGUGUUCCGCCUACCCUCGCAAGCCGCGCAAAGCAAGGCUUGCCUGAACAGCAGAUCCUGCAAUAUGUCUACCAGGCAUUGUGGCGCCGAAAUAUCGGCGCUGCAGGUAUGCUGCAGCACUUGGGAGCUCUGGCAAAG